ACCAGCUGGCAGUGCCCCGCCACCAUGAUGGAGAGCACUAUCUUCGAGAUUUUAAUAGACGAAUUCGAUGCCAACUGCAGCCUCUUGGAUGCUUAUCAGGACUCGUUCCUCACCAUCAAUCACACCUUCCUGCCCUUUGAUGGUCCUCACUGCAGUGCCACCAUCGACCAGAUUGGUACCUGCUGGCCACGCAGCAUCGCCGGGGAACUGGUAGAGAGACCCUGCCCGGAUUCCUUCAAUGGCAUCAAGUACAACACUACCAGAACUGUUUUCAGAGAAUGCUUCGAGAACGGAACCUGGGCCUCCUGGAUGAAUUAUUCUCAGUGCGUGCCCAUCCUGGAUAAGAGGAAGCAUGAUCUGCAUUAUAAGAUCGCUCUUAUUAUAAACUACCUGGGGCACUGCAUCUCCGUGCUGGCUCUGGUCAUCGCUUUCCUGCUGUUUUUGUGUUUAAGGAGUAUAAGAUGCCUUCGGAACAUCAUUCACUGGAAUUUAAUAACAACCUUUAUCCUCCGGAAUAUCAUGUGGUUCCUGCUUCAGAUGAUUGACCAUAAUAUUCAUGAGAAAAAUGAGAUCUGGUGUCGAUGUAUCACAACGAUUUUCAAUUACUUUGUGGUAACCAACUUCUUCUGGAUGUUUGUGGAAGGCUGCUAUCUCCACACUGCCAUAGUGAUGACCUACUCCACCGACAAGCUGCGCAAAUGGGUCUUCCUCUUCAUAGGAUGGUGUAUUCCAUGCCCAAUCAUAAUCGCCUGGGCCAUCGGAAAGCUGUGCAAUGAAAACGAACAGUGCUGGAUCGGGAAAGAGCCAGGAAAAUACAUCGAUUACAUCUACCAAGGACCCGUCAUCCUGGUACUCCUUAUCAAUUUUGUUUUCUUAUUCAACAUAGUGAGAAUAUUAAUGACGAAAUUACGAGCGUCCACCACCUCAGAGACAAUACAGUACAGGAAAGCAGUGAAAGCCACUCUAGUCCUCCUCCCCUUGCUUGGGAUAACGUACAUGCUUUUCUUUGUGAACCCGGGAGAGGACGACGUCUCUCAGAUUGUCUUCAUUUAUUUCAAUUCUUUUCUUCAGUCUUUUCAGGGGUUCUUCGUCUCAGUAUUUUACUGCUUUCUGAAUGGAGAGGUCCGAUCGGCCGCCAGGAAGCGGUGGCACCGUUGGCAGGAUCACCACUCCCUCCGCGUCCGCGUGGCCCGCGCCAUGUCUAUACCAACGUCUCCCACCCGGAUCAGCUUUCACAGCAUAAAGCAAACGGCGGCUGUUUGAACGUGGCGGAACUCUGGAGCCCUCUUGACUUUCAUUUCCUAGAUUCUCACUGUGACGUGUCAGUGAACAUAUCCUACCUUUGUCCCUGGAGUUUUCACAGCCCGGGGGGGGGGCAUGCUCAGAACAAAAGCCCAGUGUUCGUGAUGUUGGAUUCAGUAUUUGUAAGCACAACCAUUGGAGACACCUUGUUGGAAGAGCUACAUAACUAUAUGUAAAGAUGACGGAGUGUUUUAGAAGGAAUUUCCUAUUUCAAACCACAUCUCAAUGAAGAAAAACGCUGAAGAUGGUUUUAACGUGGACCUUGC